GCAUUGUUUCUGUUUUGUCUCUGCGGCUUCCGAGUUUAAUUCUGAAAGUAUUACAGGAAGUGACGUCGUUAUCCUUUACCCGUAUCUAUUUAUUCUUCUCCUCGCUGCAUUUCAUUCAGCCCAACUCAUACGUGUUUCCGAAAUAUGGACUGCUGCAUUGCAUCUGCACUGUGUUAUUUCAUAGCGCUUGUUUCACUCAUUCACUUGCUGUAUUUCUUCUUCGCGGAUGCAGACUUCACUCUGCUGCGGGCAUGCCUGUUAGGGCAGAGGCCAGAGACCAAGCUGAAGGGGCUGGUGGUGUGGGUCACCGGAGCCUCCAGUGGUAUUGGAGAAGAGCUGGCCUACCAGCUGGCGAAAUGUGGGUCGCGGCUCAUCCUAUCCGCUCGCCGCGAGGAUGAGCUACACAGAGUCAAACGUCAUUGUGUAGAGAACUCCGACCUUGAGGAUAAGGAUAUUCUUGUUCUUCCACUUGAUUUGUUGGCAAGGACAUCUCACGAGGAAAAAGCGAAAACCGCCAUUCAGUUCUUUGGACAUAUUGACAUCCUGAUAAACAACGGUGGCCGCAGCCAGCGCUCUCUGUGUUUGGAGACCGGUGUUGACGUGUACCAGGCCUUGAUGGAGCUCAACUUCCUGGGCACGGUCUCCCUAACGAAGCAGGUGCUGCCUCACAUGACGAGACGAGGCACCGGGAGCGUCGUGACUGUCAGCAGCGUCGUUGGCCUCGCUGGGGCGCCCCUGGCAACGGGAUACUCCGCCAGCAAACACGCUCUUCAGGGUUUCUUUAACUCCCUUCGAAGUGAGUUGACUGACUAUCCAAAAAUACUCAUUAGCACCGUGUGCCCUGGGCCGGUGCAGUCACAGAUCGUCCACAACGCGUUCACGGAGGAACUGAGCAAGCCCGUGGCCUCAGCUGGCAGCCAGGAACACAAGAUGCCAACGGCUCGCUGUGUGCGUUUAAUGCUGGUGGGAAUCGCCAACGGCGUCAAGGAAAUGUGGAUCGCUCAGCAGCCAUUCCUCCUGUUUUACUACGCCUGGCAGUAUGCCCCCACCUUUGCCUGGUACCUCACAAACGUGCUGGGCAGGAAAAGGGUACAGAAUUUCAAAGCGGGUCUGGAUGCAGACUCUGCAUACUUCACUAAACCAAAGACUGCCUGAAAGUAGCAACCUGAACAGCAUGCAGGUUUAUUGCAUUCCCAACGUUGGACCUUGAAUAAUUCUGCUUUAAAAAAAAAAAAAUAAAGUUUUGAAGACAUGACUUCUGUUAAAGCUCAACAUUCUCUUUUCAGUUCUCUACCAAUUGCAAAUGUAAUGUUAAUGUUUUACCCUUCAUAAUAAAUGUUCAGCUUCUGGUAAAUAACCUUUGAAAAUGUAUAACACAACUAUAUGAAAGAAUGACUUGCCAUAACUGACCUUUUGAAUACCUAAUAAAAUUUUGAAUCAAGUUUC